GCUGCGUUGCGCUUUUGCCUGCUCCUUGUCCACAGCCUCGGACCCAUCGAGGCUUUAACGACGAUGACGACAACGACGACGAUCGUCAGGCGACACGAUACAAAGGGGAAGGGGAGGAUGAUGUGUACAGCCUCUGAGGAGUCGCACGGUACUGGCGAUUGCGCGGACAACAGCGAGGAUAGAGAAGGGAGAGGGCAAGGGACGGGACAAAUCCUGACUCUGGGGGGGAUCAUCGACGACGAGCGAGCAAAGGAACGUGCAGUCGGCCACAGAAAAGAAAGGCGACGGCGAGGUCUGUCAAGCAACCCUUUUCUCCCUGUGACGAGGCGGCUCUUCCUUGUUGCUAUCCUGCUUCUCAUAUCUCUUUCUCCCGGGGUCCAUGCGCAGGACGAACUAAGCUCAGCUGGCGACACGCAGCAGCUGACAUCGGCGACAUUGACGACAGCGAAUCCGAGCAGUGCGGUGACGAUUUCCAGUCCGUGGCGAACAGUCACAAUUGAUCAGGCGGAAGCGAAUGGGACUGUCAACAUUCCUAAUGGCAACCUGCUCCCAGAUGGCGUCCCUGUCGUCACGCAGCUUGACGUCGCUGCACAAGAACCGAUUAUCUUCCAUAUUCAACCGUCUUAUGUAGUACCUUCAAAUCCCUUGUGGAUAAGUGCGACACUUUGCUCAGGUCCCUCCGUCGCCCCCCUCGUGGUGGCCGACAAUCGCACCCAAAGUAUCACCAGUCUCGACCGGCCCACUCUACCACGAAUGUACGUGUCGACCGACGAGAAUAAUCAAAAACCUGGUCCCGACUCCCUGCCCAACCGCGGCGAUGGUUUCGGCAACGUCCAAUACUUUGUUGGAGGCCACGCUCAACUGACGCUCGCGACUGAGGGAGAUGCGGACGACAGGGUCGCCAACGGCGCCUGGAUCAGCAUCUAUCCCCCUGAGACGGUUCCAGACGCCAGCGGAACAUGGAACAUCACCAUCAUAGUCAGCACAAGUCUUCCUCCCGCCAAUGUCUCAUCGUCGGCAGGUCUGACAUUCUCCGACAGCGACACGACUCGAGCGCUUCUGACGACCAGCUUUAGCUUCCAGGCCGACAGCACACCUCCCAAUGCCACUGUCUACGUCCUACCUACCGAUGGCGAGCACUCGCUUCCGAUGAGCGAGUCUUACAACUCGUCCUUUUGCGCCCUCGAGUCUGCCUUCCAAGCCUUCAACUCCACGCCAAAUCCUGGGGCACCGGCCAUCAAUGCGACCAUAACUUCGCGGGGAAGCACCCAGCUCGACGCUGGCGACGAGCGAAGACUGCAAUACGAGCUGACUGGGCUACAGCCGUCGACAAAUUACACAGCCUGGCUUAUCGAGCACACAGAGACAGACAUCACAUCGCCGAACAGUACGACAUCAACUAGCUUCAUGGCUACCACGGUGUGGCCCGCCAUCAAGUUCACGACCAAAAACAAUGAAAAUUGCCGGCUGGUGUACGACGUAUCCUUUUGCCCGCAGGUGGCCUACAGCAUCCCCGUGGGUCCGACUGUCUCGACGGAUCGAGCACUGUCCGUCAUCAACGAAACCUUUGCGCCAAACUUUCUCAACUUCUCGCGGACGGUGGACACGUUCCCUUGCGGCUCGAUGGAACAGGGCAACUAUAGCCCGGUGAAGACGUGCGACGACUGCAAGAGGGCCUAUCAGGACUGGCUCUGCUCCGUGACAAUGCCGCGCUGCACUGACACUCUCGGCUCGACAUCGAGUGAGCAGUCUGUCACAAACACAUCGAGUCUGACGGCAGCCUACACAAACGUAUACAACCUGACGGGCAAGGAGACAGCCCUCAACACCGAGCUGCUGCCCUACAUUGUCGAUCGCGGUGGAAGCCACGGCAGCAAAUCUCGACGGUCGUACAUUGAGAACGAGCUCGAGGUGACGAGUGCUUACGGCGAGGUGCUGCCCUGCAUCUAUACGUGCUUCUUUGUGAGCCGCUCUUGUCCCAGCCCUUUGGUCCAAUGGGCCUGUCCCAUCUGGGACGUGUCGGCCCAGAUCGACUAUGGCACCUUUGCCGAUUCUGGCCAGCUGGGCCUGGGUGCGGGCGAGAAUGGAGGGGCAGGGACGCUGGACGGGCAGCGAUUUGGCGGACCGAGCCGGUACGUCGCCCAAGACGGGUUCGGCAAGACGUACUGCAACUCCCUUGGCGUCGAUCUGCGGCUGCGGGAGGAGAACGGAGCAGGGCGGCUGGCGAGAACGGCUUCGAGCAUGGCGGUGGCGGGUGUCAUGGGUGCUGCGCUGUUCUUCAUUUGAUUCUUUUUUUCCUUCUUGUCCAAUCCUCAUCAUCAGAUCAACUCAUAUAGAGGUUCUCAUACAAUUUGCAUACUCGCUCUUCUCCUCAUCGAAGCCAUCGGAUCA